AUUAGAAAAACAGUGUGGAACAGCAAACACUUGAUAAAAUUUCAGGAACACAGGAUACUCCCCUACAAUAAGUUGGUCACUAAAUUCUUAUAGUGGUUUUGAUAUUCUUUAUUGGGAUAAUAGCAAGAACAUGAUAAAAUUUCUUCCUCUUGAGGAACCUUAUAAUCUCUUCCAUCACAAGGCCGUUGGAUUUCUGCCCAGAAUUCUGCCUUUAUGUGUAAUUUUGUUUCAGACACCUUUACAGUUAUUGAAUAGUGAGAUGAGUGGACCCAAAAACCUACUGAUCAGUGGAUAAGCAGAUAUCAUUUUAAUGACAAAGUGCAUUUCCUGCUGUCUUCUACAGUUCUACUAACUGAUGCUCUUCAUUGUUUUAGCUGUGGGAUAUACGGAAAGGUUCUUCACCAAUUGCAAUAUUUAACAUCCAUGAGCAUCUGCGCCCUAAGUUAUGUGAUUUGUAUGAUAAGGACUCUAUAUUUGACAAAUUUGAAUGCUGCUUCAGUGGAGAUGGAAUUCAUUUUGCAACUGGAUCUUAUAGCAAUCUUCUUCAUGUCUUUUCCCAUGGUAAUGGAAGUGAAAAAGGGAUUACAAUAGAAGCCAGCAAAAUUCCAGACAGGUCAGCUCUUUCAUUUUCUUUUUCUCUCUCUUUUCCAUUUUCCCUUAGUCCCUUACUCCUUAGCUCAUGGUAGCUUUUACGAACUUUCUUCCUAUGGGGACAGCAAAGGAAUAAUGGUCUGGAGUAAAUUCAUGAUUUUGAUAAAUAAAUGAAUUAAAUUAGAGGAACUGAAACUAUUAUGUGAAGGCAGUCACGCAAUUUUUUUUUUGCAAAGAUGACUUUCGUGACCUGGUCAUUCCAUGAUGCUGAAUCUCCUUGUUCUAGAUUGCAUGUUUGUUGCUACAAUUGUUCAGAAUGUAUCGCAGGAAACUCCAGUCCAUCUUUUUUCUUUUCUGACCUGAAUUGCAGCUCUUUGAAAAUUGAAAACAGGAAGCUGCCUCUCCAAACUACCCUUAAGUCAAGAAGAUCAUCCUUAAGUAACCUAACACGCAGGUUUCACAGACAAGGUACAAGUUCCUUCUAUUCCCCUUUCCCCCCUCUUGUUUUGUCUUUGUCUAAUGCAUUGUGCAUUGUGAGGCCGUUGAGUUUAACAAUUUUUUCAGUAAAGCAGAUGAAUGUGAAAUCAGAUUCCCAAGCAGCUUCCCCAAUGUUGUUUCUUCUAAUUAUUGCAGGGCAUGAAAACACCAGCCUUAGCAGCAAUGACUUUUUGGGUAACUUGAGCUGUAAGCUACAACAUCUAGCAUGGCAUCCAACCACAAACUUGAUUGCUUUUGCUUCUCGGAAUAGCUUGUUUUUGUAUCAUGCAUAGUUCCUUUGUACAAAAAUAACAAUUGUAAUAUUAAAAGGGGAAGGAGAAAUCAGUCCAUGUUGAAAUCAAUCGAGACAAAAUUUAAGUAUUAGAAAGGAUAUUAAAGUAAUUGUAUAAUUACAGAGGAGGUGAUAUGACUCUAGAAUAAAGUAGAAAAUUUGUUUGGACUGAUUCAAUUUGGACUGAUUUUUCCUUUUCCCAGAUUAAUUUGUAAUUUAUGUCUUAUUUUCCACACAUUAACCCCAAAUAAGAAAAAUGAGAAUUUCAC